AUGGAAAUUAAAGAUGGGAUAAGUGAGUGUCAGAAAGUGAACAAGUAUGCUUUUGCUUGUGUUUUGGCUGCCUCCAUUGUCUCUGCUAUAUUUGGUUACGCCACCGGAGUGAUGGCUGGAGCGUUGCUCUACAUAAAGGAGGACCUCAAAAUCAGCGACCUACAAGUGGCGCUCCUAGUUGGAGUUUUAAACGCCUGUGCUAUUCCAGGGUCCAUGGCUGCGGGAAAAACCUCUGACUUCAUAGGUCGUCGUUACCCCUUCAUCCUCUGUUCCAUCAUCUACUUACUCGGCUCAAUUCUCAUGGGGUACGGCCCUUCCUACGCCAUCUUGUUGACCGGAAGAUGUAUCACCGGAAUCGGAGUAGGCUUUGCUCUUAACAUUGCCUCCGUUUACUGCGCAGAAAUCUCACCUCCAUCACACAGAGGCUUCCUAACAUCUCUUCCAGACCUUUCCAUCAUUCUGGGCAUCUUGCUCGGCUAUGUCUCCAACUGUUUCUUCGGAAACUUGUCUCUUAAACUGGGAUGGAGAAUCAUGCUUGGUCUCCCAUCAAUUCCCUCACUUGUUCUUGCAGUUCUAACGCUGAAACUAGUAGAAUCACCCAGGUGGUUAGUAAUGCGGGGUCGUGUUAGUGAAACUAAACAAGUGCUUUUACAAAUCUCCAACACAAAAGAAGAAGCUGAAAGGCGCUUCCAGGAGAUCAAACUCGCCGCUGGUAUUGUCGACGACGAGCAAGACUCAGUUCAAGCCCCAUACGAAACCGGUAGGAGGGAAGGAGCUUUCAAAGAACUAUUCUGUAAACCUUCGCCUUCUGUCCGUAGGAUACUGAUCAUAGCCAUGGCGAUCCACGUGUUCCAGCAGAUAUCAGGAAUCGAGGGUAUUUUAUCAUACAGUCCAAGAGUCUUCGAGAGAACAGGAAUAACCCACAAGAGCAUGCUUCAUCUGGCCACACUUGGAAUAGGAACAACCCAGUUUAUAUUUACAUGCUUGGCCACAUUUCUAAUGGACAGGGUUGGAAGGAGGACUCUCUUGUUGGUUAGCUCAGGAGGUUCUGCAAUGGCAUUAUUAGGGUUAGGCAUAGGGUUGACGAUAGUGGAGAAUGCAGACGAGCCACUGAUGUGGGCGCCAUGCUUUGUGAUUGUGCCUACCUAUUUGUUUGUGGCUUUGUUUCAAAUUGGGAUGGGCCCUGCGACUUGGGUUUAUAGUUGUGAGAUAUUUCCUUUAAGGUUGAGAGCGCAAGGACUGGCCAUUGGUGUGGUGGUGAAUAGGACGGUGAACGUGGUCUUGGUUACGACGUUCAUUUCAAUCUAUAAAAAGAUAACAAUGGGUGGAACUUGCAUAAUGCUUGCUGGUUUCAUUUUCUUGGCUUGGUUGUUCUGCUUUUUGUUCAUGCCUGAAACCAAAGGACGACCAUUGGAAGACAUCGAGACCAUCUUUGGCCAGGAUUAUUACAAGUCACAUAGAAAAUCCAAGCCUGCAGAUCAGUGCAAUGCUAAUAAUAAUGCUUAG